AUGGUUUCCAUCUCUUUCCGCGUUCCUGCAGCACAUGCGAUGACAAUGAUUCCAAUGUCUAAUUACAGUGUUAACCAAGACAGGAACUAUGUUAGUCGUCGUCGUCAUAACGCUAUUGUUGAUUUCUUUUUUGGCCAUUCAUCUUGGCACUCAAUUAUUUUCUAUGUCUUAAUCGCUAUAUUAUCUCUUGGAUAUAAUUUCGCAGUUUUCUAUCUUAAUUUUGGCGAAGCCGAGUAUGUAGACGGACUGUUCAGCGAAGUCACAUUACUCCGACUGAUUUCUUGCCAAUGGCUGUUAUCAUUCUUUCUGGCAACUUUGGCAAUUCUUUAUUUUCAUGAAGUUUGUCUGCCAGUUUAUGUAUUUUUAUCAAUUUUAACCACAAAUGGAAGUGCAGUUUUAUUUGUCAUCAAUGCAAGGAAAGUGUACGAUAACGUAAUGGUUGUAGAUUCUCAAUAUUUCAUGAUUCUCUGCUUCAUAUUUGGUGCCAGCAUUGCUCAUUGUGCCAUUUACAUAUAUGCUUUGCAUCUUCAAGAACAAGAUGACAGGGUCGUGCAUGAGAAUCAACAACAUUAUUUUUGGAAUUUCUUGCAAUUCCGACGAGUUCAGGUUCCAUUAACUGAUGAGUUUGAAAAGAAACACAAAACUAUUUAUUCUAUUGUAUAA